AUGCCACAAUUCCGCCCCCCGACACAUCGCCAGUGGCGACCGCGCUCGCGCCUGGCGAGCCUCACGCGGGGCAAGCAUGUUCUGGUGGCCAUCGCCCUUUGCCUCACCAUUUUCUACCUCGUCAGCCGGUCUGGCGGCACGAGCGAGUCUACUUUGCUUGAGCGGCACAUGAACUCGGGCCCACCACGGUAUCCCAUCAAAGUGGUCAAAAGCAGCGUCGACUGGGGGAACAUCGAGUACCGCCAUCCACCACCCACCAACCUUGCUCAGUUGCCUAAGCCCCCCCGGAAAGGGAAAGGGAACCUCCCGCGGGUCCAGCACAAGUUCAAGAAGGAAUCCGCCGCCGCUCGCGCGACACGAGAGGCCAGGCGAGACGCGGUCCUGAGGCUGACCAAGAAGUGCUGGGAUAGCUACCGCCGGUAUGCCUGGAUGCAGGACGCCCUCCUCCCGCUGUCCAAGGGUGGCACCCAGCAGUUUUCGGGCUGGGCUGCCACCUUGGUUGACUCACUGGACACGCUCUGGAUCAUGGGUUUGCGUGACGAGUUUGACGAGGCCGUGGCCGCCGUAGCCGAGAUCGACUUCGGCUCGUCCACUUCCCCGCUCGUCAACAUUUUCGAGACUAACAUCCGCUAUCUCGGCGGGCUGAUGGCCGCCUAUGACCUCUCCGGGCGUGGGGUGCUGCUGCAAAAGGCUGUGGAGCUGGGCGACUUGAUCUAUGGCGGCUUCAACACCAUGGACCGCAUGCCCGUCGACAACAUCAACUUCGAGGCCGCCAAAGAGGGGACCGGCCUGCUGAUGGAACCCCACGUCGUCUCGGCGUCUCCCGGCACGUUGACCCUCGAGCUCACCCGCCUCAGCCAGAUGACGGGCGACCCGAAGUACUAUGACGCCAUUACGGGCAUUGUGGACCUGUUUUACCGCGGCCAGAACCAGACCGCCGUGCCGGGUCUGUUUCCGAUGUUUGUGUCCAUGGCGCAUCUCGACGUGACCGCAGGCAACACCUUCACGCUCGGCGGCUGUGCCGACUCGCUCUACGAGUAUUUCCCCAAGAUGCAUGCCCUCCUGCUCGGGGGCCACGCCCAGAUCGCCACCCUCACCCGGGGUUUUCUGGACGCUGCCAAGCGCAACCUCUUCUUCCGGCCCAUGGUGCCCGACUCCACGAGCCCCGAAGCCGACAUCCUCAUCAGCGGCAACCUCAACUUUGACCCCGACGGUAACUCCCGUCUGGACCCGGAGACCGAGCACCUGACCUGCUUCAUCGGCGGCACCUUUGCCCUCGCCGGACGGCUCUUCCAAAACGAGCAGGACGUCGCCGUUGGCGCUCGCCUCGCCCGCGGCUGUGUCUACGCCUACCGCGCGUUCCCGACAGGCAUGAUGCCGGAGCGUCUCAACAUGUAUCGUCCGCAUCUGCCCAAGGGCUUUACCACCGCGAAGGACCCGCGGUACAUCCUGCGACCGGAGGCCAUCGAGAGCGUGUUUUACUUGUGGCGGAUCACGGGCGACAUGGAGUGGCAGGAGGCUGCCUGGGAUAUGUUCCAGGCCGUGGCACGCGGGACGGCCACGGAGACGGGGAGUGCGGCCGUGUUGGAUGUCACCGAGGACAAGCCGAACUUGCCACUGGAUGACUACAUGGAGAGCUUUUGGAUCGCCGAGACGCUGAAAUAUUUCUACCUCGUCUUCUCCUCUCCUGACCUUAUCAGCCUUGAUAAGUAUGUGCUCAACACAGAGGCACACCCCUUUUUGCUGCCACAGACUUGA